AUGAGCCGUUGGCACAGUUCAAGCUGCAAGCGGCCAGAUGUCAGUGUGGCAAGUGGUAUUCCGUGUUGCAAUCAUUGCUUCGCCAUUGCGAUCAUCGAGCAGAAAACAAGACUCACAGAUUUACCACUGCCACUGAGCGACUUCUCUCAGAGUUCUCUAUGGCCAUCAUGUCUCAGUUCAAAUAACACAGUUAUAUCAGAGGAGAGCACAGAACAUGGCGACAGCGAACCUCGGACAGACUAUCAAGAGACUCCAUUCCCGUCACUGCCCUCCAAAGAUCACAUACGACUUGUCAGAUUGAAUGCUGGCCCUUUCGAUAGAAUGCUUCAUGUUGACCUGGAAGUGGUGAACAUCCACAGUUGUCCAGCUGAAUUAUUUGAAGUCUUAUCAUAUGCCCCAGCCAACGAAAACGAAGACUCUGAGAGUCCCCACAUUGUCUUCGUAGGCAAGUACUGGGACAUUGUUCACGUUUCAUACAAUUGCCAACAGGCGCUUCGCUUUAUACGGAACCAGAAGUUUAAUCAACUCUUAUGGGUGGACUCAUUAUGCAUCGAUCACGCUAACCUCAAGGAAAAAAAUCAACAGACUUCCUUGAAGCGAAAAAUCUGCCAAAAGGCGUCUAAAGUCCUUGCCUACUUGGGUGAAGAAACGUCCGACAGUGAAGAAGCUUUGGAAUUUCUCAACAACAGCAUCGCUAUAACAGGCUCCGAAGUGAGCACUGGCCAUGAGCAUAUAAACAAAGAUACCCGGAGAGCUUUGAAAUUCCUUCUAGAAAGACCAUUGUUCACCAGGUUAUGGUUCCUUGUUGAAGCGUUACUUGCUCGGAAUCUUGAGUUACUAUGCGGUGCACAUUCAGCUCCAUGGCCUAAAGCGCCUUUUGCGUUGGCCCAUGAUGACGUGCCUAUACCCGACUGGCUUUUUCUGAAGGAACACUGGUACGGGCUUACCGAUCGUGAUCUCUUGCCCAUAUUAGCACAAGCCUCCUCUUACGAAUGUUCCGAUCCGCGGGACAAGGUAUUUGCGGUGCUUAGCUUGAUAUCCCAGAGUGAACUUAAACCCGACUACACUGUUUCCGUUGAAAGAGUAUACACCGGUCUAUCUGCGUACCUUAUCAAGGCUUGCAAAUUCAUGGAUGUUCUCGAAUUAGCUGGUCUAACAACAAAGACAUUCGACCUCCCCUCCUGGGUCCCAGACUGGUCGCAAGCAUUAUCCACGACCGCUACACCCAUUCCGACAAGCAAUCAAAGAUCCAACCGAAAACACAUAAAGACCUCAGGCUCACGUCGGGUAAUAUUCCGAUCCUACCUUGCCUUUGACUGUGAGAGCCAUCUGAGCGUGGCUACGCCGAUCCUGCGCACUUCUGCUAUCAAGAUUUGCGGGUUAAGUGGCAGUAUCAAGCAUGGUCCAACUCGAUAUAAGCAAGGACAAGAGAGCUUGUUCCUUCUCGGUGGAUACAACAACCCUGUGGUUCUUAGAGAAGAUUUUGUCACGGGCUCUUAUCAUUUCGUAUCGACCUGCGCCCUUUCGCUCAGACAACCUUCUACCAAUAGAUGGCUGCUGCCUUGGGCUAAUGAAAGGCCGAAUGAGCGGUACAUCGUCUCAAGACUGUCUCCUGAAGAAAAUAGUCUGAUUCGUGAAUUCCAUCUGCUUAUGGAACAAACUACACAACAAUCCAUUACCUUAGGCGAUGACGAAAUUCCCAUCCCCUUCGCCAGCGUCAGAGACAGGGUCUUCAGCUUUUCUCUAUAUCUGCAAAGCCCGUUGCCGAAGCUUGAGAAACGAUUGUGGGAUAAAUGGGAAGAUUCAAACAGAGAGUUUGGAUGGAUGUUCCGUGAUCAACAUGCAACAUGGCAGUUUCUUCGACAAAUCAAUCAUUUGAAAGUUGCCGGGGCACAAGGAGAAUUUGAGAUACUAGUGGACAAGUUCGAUGACAUCCAGACUACAUUGUAUUGCGGUGUGAAGUUGCCUUGGACAUAUUCAUGGGAUCUCAAACAAGCGGCUCAAGGACCACAAUGGACUCCAAUGCUGGGAAGGAUGAUGACGGCUCUUCCAAAGAUUAUAGACUGGGCAGAAACAACGGAAAAGAUAUUGAAGUUGUUUGAAUAUAGUCAAACUAUAUUCGGCGCCAGCUGGACAUCAUUUCCUGGGAAUGAACUACCUCAGAAGUGGAUUGAUAACUACGAGAAUUUCUACAAGGUUCUGGAUAUGGAUAUAAAUAGCAUCAUAGCAGACCUGAGGACAUCACUGGAUUCAUCCUGUCACUGGGACGUACGAGAGUUCGAACAUAUUGCCCGAGCUAGGUGUCGUCUAUGGGAUCUCAACCUACCUCCCGAACUAGAAUCAGGAAGUGCUAGUAACAUAGCAGUGCAUGCGGGCUUCAGAUCCCUAGGAUUGGAGUUAUACGAUGAGCAAAUGGUAGACAUCCUCUGA